AUGCACUGGGUGCUGCUGGCGCGGCGCUGUGUGCGCGUGGUGCGCCGGGCCGGCGCCCGCGUUGGCCCGCGCCUGCCGCUGCCCCCCGGCCCUUCCGGCCCUCGGCGCCGCCGCCGCCGCGCCCCCCGCCGCCAGGCGCCGCCGCCGCCGCCACCGCCGCCGCCCGCCCUCGCCGGGGCGGAGGCCGAGGCGCCCACGGUGGCCGGCGUGGAGGAGGAGUACGUGGUGGAGGCGGAGGUGGAGGAGGCGGCGGAGGAUGAGGCGCUGGGCAACGAGACGUGGUGCGAGCGCGCCGCCCGCAUGGCCCGUCAGCCGCGAGCCCAGCCCGCGCUCGCCGCCCGCGCGCCACUCAACGUCACCGUGUCGCACGCGCUCUUCCUCACCGCGCCCGGCCUGGUGCACGGCGUCGCCUACCAAGGGUUACUGUUCUUUGUGGAGCGCAGCAUUGGCUGAAGAGGUUCCAAAGAUGAAGGGAAGUCGAUUGAGAUGAGGCAAUGUGCCACUGCAGAUGCUCUGGGGCGCCUGUGUCACCGAAACCGCAAGCGACGGCCAAUAUUGUGCCCAGGCGUGCGCCUUCUAGCCGAAUUUUGCUAAGCCAUGCACGCAAGGACUAAUUAACAGAAUCAUAUUAGAGACAAUAAUUAAGUGUACAGAAAAAUAAAUGAUUUGUAUCUUUAAUGUAAAAUGGAAAUAUUCAUUUGCCUCACC